ACAGACAGACAGCUCUUUCCCCGCACAGGUAGUCAAGACCCCCAUUUCACGUUUGGUAGUGUUUUAUGAUUGGCUGACACUUCAGACUAUAGGGCCUACGGGGGUUUUCCCAGAUAGCGAGCAGGACACGUAUUAAUUGUUUGUUCUACGCUCCGCGCUGCAAGGCAGAAUAAUGUUCUUUUUCUGUAAGCAGGGAUAAUUAUCGGCGGUCAACUGUACAGAUGAAAAAAUGGCGGCUGGACCAAAAGUUGUUAUUCUGCUGGGCCUUGUAGUCGCAUUGAAAGACUUUGUCCACACCGCCAUAACGCCCACAGCAACUACUGAGGCUGAAAACGAGGAAUUAAUCAACAACAAAGAUGUGACAUACUCUUCGCUUGCUUGGGCAAAGAAGCACUCGCUCACCCCCCGAGCCAGUACUGGGGGUGAAAAUAGACGCGACCCUGAUGACCCGGAAAGUGUAUCAGAGCAAAUGUCCGGAAAUUCCCGGAGCGGCCGCAGGAAGAGCGUCUUUGGCAUGACGUCACAGCGAAAGACGAGUUACCCGAGCAGCCAUGAUGGAAUAAUAAUAAAUGAUGACCAAAGUCUGGCCUGGGAAGACGACAAGCCACUACUGGAGAUGGGUAUAAUCUCUACUCACCGUGACGUGUACAACUGCAGCGUUUCAACCGACUGCUUCUGUCACCGUGUUGAAAAUAGUCAUGGCAUAGAUCGAAUUCAAGCCAACUGCUCCUCUCUUGGUCUCAACCACAUUCCAAUGGACCUGCCCAAUGACAUCUACAAGUUAACGCUUACUGAAAAUAGGCUACGGACUUUUAAUCUGUCAGUUUUGCUGAAAUAUCCCGAGCUUGCCUUUGUCGAUGCUCAAGAUAAUAAGUUGACUUCGGUUGUUCAGCCGUUUGCUCAGACUACUAAAUCUUCUUCUUUGUUGAUUUUGCUAUUGGGAAAUAAUAACUUUCGUUCGAUUGGAGAAAAUGCUUUCAAAACCUUACCUUCUUUGAAAAAAUUAUCUGUGAAUCAUAACAUGAUCCAGUCGCUUACAAACUUCACGUUCUCCGGAUUAGACCAGCUGUAUGUACUAGACCUAUCUUUCAAUGACAUACGACACAUAGAACUAGCCACGUUUGACAGUGUUCCCAAUUUACGUACAUUGCUUCUUAAUAAUAACAUGCACUUCAGUUACUACCUAUCACAUAUGCCUCCUAGGCUUUUCAUGAAUUUAAAAUCUCUCAAGGAAUUAAACAUAGUAGGUAACAGUGGUGGGUCUGAGAUGUACCCGAAUGAGGCCCUCGGCUAUUUGACAAAUCUAAAUGUGUUGAGCAUGGACGGGCUUGGUCGUGGUGCUGUUUUGGGUCCCCAAGUAAAAAAUCUGACACACUUGGAGUCACUUAAAGUUGGUGUUGGAAGGAAAACUUUCUGUAGAAUCGGGAAUUUGACCUCUUCGUUUUUUGAGAAUACGCCAUACUUGAAAUCGCUAGAAAUACAACACUGUUUAAUGUCACAGAUCGACAGUGACACGUUUUACAGCACGCCCAAAUUACAGCAUUUAAAAAUGUCUUACGCCAAAAACCUUGGAUUCAGUGAAGCUUUGCGCUCCUUAGCUAGUCUACAAAAUUCUUCAAUGAAGUCUCUGGAGCUUGUCCAUUUGGUUAGUCACAAUGGUCUCCCCUGCAGGUACGUGACUGAAGAGGAUUCGAAAUUCAUCAAGAACAUGAAGCUUGAGCUGCUGGAUUUGUCAGAGAAUUACCUCGCUAUGAUCGAGAUAAACUUCUUCACGGCUCUGCCCCAAACGUUAAAGACAUUAGUACUGAGAAACAACAGAUUCACCAUAGAAACCUUUGAACUCAAAUUUUUGGCUAGUUUGAAGAACCUUGCGAAAUUAGAUUUAACUGCUCAAAACAUUGGGAUAGUGAAGAAGUUACCAAGGAACGAACAAGACAACAAAGAUGGUGAGACAUGUGAGUUAAUACCUUCAGAUAUUAUAGAUUCAGAAGCGUAUCCAGAUGGAAUUCCGAAAGAAUAUGAAUAUCCAGCGAUACAGCCGCCUCUGUACAAUGGGCUGCUAAAUGCAGGCCGUAUGAGGAGCAAUCUGUUUGUUAUGGGCGAGGCGACCGACGCUGAGGACAAAACACGAGAGACGAUGAGUGAAAAUCAAAAUGGCUUCACUACUCCAAUCUCAAACGAAGUGAAGGCGAUUAAGUUACCACCAAAUUUGCAAAUUCUUUGGACCCCAGAAUUCAUACUAUAUGGAGAAAUCGUCCUACUUCAAGGAAAGAAGGCAAAAUUAAAGGAGAUAGAUUUUUCGAACAGUUUUUUGUCUAAAUGGGGUAGAGGCAGGCUACACGGGAGUGAAAGGGUCGUGUCUCUAGAGGGAAAUUACUGCAGAUUCGUCCAUCAAAGGUUUUUCCCUCUUAACAAUUCUCUAGAAUUUUUUAACAUCCGCAACAAUAUAUUGGGUCCACAAUUUGCCAACGACGAACAUGGCAUACUCUUCAAACGACUUGGCCGUGUUGUCAUGCUAGAUUUGUCUAUGAAUUUAAUUUAUAGGCUGUCUCCGAACUUUUUUAAGGGCUUGAAGAGACUUCGUGUGCUAAUAUUAUCAGACAAUAAACUUCAGAGUUUGAAUUUUCGCGUAUCCAGUAUGCCAGACUUGACAACAAUCGAUGCCAGCAAAAACUCUAUCGCGUGGAUUGGGAAAGCAACAAGAGACGGUCUAGACUCAAUAGCUCUCCACCAUCCUGUGAGUUUAGACUUGCGGAAAAACCCACUCCCUUGUACUUGUAAAGGUAUCGAAAUCUUGUCAUGGUUAGCAACGACCAAAGUCCAUCUGUCUGGCAAAGACUUUUUGGUUUGUCGCUUGGAAAAGAACCAUUACGUCACCAUUGGGGACCUGAGCCUUCGUGUAUCGACCAUGAGGAGACGCUGCGCUCCUUUGCUCGACGUGGUCUUCAUUUCAGUCGUGUGCGCCUCGUUAUUCCUUUUGCUCUCGAGUUUCCUCGUGGUGUAUCGGUGCCGCUGGAAGUUACGAUACCUGCACAAAGUGACGGUCUCCAAGUGGUUUGGGUUCCAUCCCAGUUCCCAAACUUCAGGUCACAAGUUCGACGCUUUCAUACUAUACGCCGAAGAAGAUCGAGAUUUUGUUUUACAAACCAUGCUGACAGAGCUGGAGACAAACCGAGGCCACAAACUUUGUGUCGCGGACCGAGACUUCAUGCCCGGUACCUUCAUCACCACAAACAUAACGUGUGCCGUGCAAAGUAGCACUCUCACCCUCCCCGUGGUCUCCCCCGACUUCCUCGAUGACGAUUAUUCCGAGUACGGUAUCCAGAUGGCGCUGUGUGAGAUGGUCUUUGAGAAGCGUCCGGUGCUGCACCUAAUCCUGGCCGUGCCCAUGGACUACCAGCGUCUGUCCCGGGACCUCAUGCGGGUGUUGAGAGAGAACAAGUACACAGAGUACCCACCACAGGAGGAGAUGGAGGACGAGAACAUCAAAAAGAACUUCUGGGACGCGCUCUCACGAGUGAUCGGCCAUUCCAAUAGCCAGUCAGAGCCCAGGCUGGAUGUGAGCGGAGAAACAUAGCAGGUGUGUUGUUGGCAGACCUGGACAGGACAGUCUACGCUACCUCAGAAGUCUUCUCUCUCUUCUCUUGCCCUUUUUAACUCCAAGUGGAGGACAGGCCAUCAACAGCA